AUGUCCUCCCUCAUCGUGGUGCAUGAUUCACGAAUGAUACUGCUCGAGCUAGCCGUGGAAAAUCUGUACAUGCCGUGGGCGGACGUGUUCGACUCGGUGCUCCUACAGAAGACUGUAAUAAUGUUCCGAAUGCUGGACGACGACUGGACGACGCUGAUGCCGAAUCGACGGGACUACCGUUCUUAUCAAGGGUCUAAUUACGAGAACGAAAAAUUUUACGGCGGGAGAUCGGUGCUGUUCUCAUUACCGGAGAGCGCGCUGGAACGAGAAAUGUCCGGCGUCGAUCUCCAAUUGUACAUCUACAAGGCCGUGUCUAAGUACUUCGAACUGGAGCCGCGACGGAACUACGGAUUCACCCUCGUCAGGGUGGACGACCUCUUUAACGGCAUUAUCAAGGACCUGCGCGAACGGAAAUGGCUGGAGGGUUAUUUUUCGAGCGAGCUGGAGCGGGAGCCUAUAUCAAGAUCGACGCGUGGCACGUUCAACUUGCUGAACGAGGAACUGGAGGUGACUCGGGCGACGAUCGAGCUCUACGUUCGCAUCAGCUACCUCGGCAAGUGCAUCGUCACGCAACUGCACACACCGACGGACAUAGAGAAGGUGUUCUACGCUCGCGAAGAGACCGACGAGCACUAUCGUUAUCAAAUGCGCGAGGUCAAUACAAUGGAUCUGGAGUCGUUCUGCUGGGGCAGCGCGACCAUCAUUCCGGCGUUGCCUCCGGAACUACUGACGUGUCGAUGCAAACCCCCGCCGCCGGUCCACGAGACUACGCAAACGAAGGAGAAGAAGAAGAAACCGAAGAGGGACGGUUUCUGGGACAAGAUCCAUCGAAUUCAGGAGCUGAUAGCCUUGAUGAAAGAAAUGAGGAACAAUCGGCCGGAAGUUCUGCCGCACGGGAAACCGACGACCGUUUGCCCGCCGCAACCCUGUGUCUGUCCGACGGUGUGUGCGCCCGUCUGCGUUUACACUCUGCCAGCCGCUUGCAAUCCCUGUCAGCCGUCUCCCGCUUGCUGCCUGCCGUCCUGCACGUGA